GCUGUCUAACCAUUUGUCGUGAUGGAGGCUUGUAGCUCAUCCGAAGCGCGUAGUCUAAUUUAUCGUUCGCCAUGACAUCGUGUGCCGGGGUGGUCAUGGGCCGCCUUGACGGCACCGACAGAGCGGGGGUGGAUGGCGAGUGCGGCAUCGGCGUGGCUCCUCUGGGGAUAGGAGACACCUGCCGCAGGUACGAUGCAGACCGAAAGGGCGCGGGAGGAGACACGCUGUCGAUCGUCAGCAGCUCGGAGGGACACGAAGACAGGCUCGGCCCAGGAGUAUCCGUACCAGCGAUAGGCGGGCCAGAGACGCCGGCAGUGGUUGAGGGUCGAGAAGGAGGAGGUGCCGCUUCCAGGACGAUCUCUGGCGGCGUCCAGCCCGUCGCCAAUUGAUGCAGUUGCUGCAGCCUGGCAGCGGAGGCCUUGCUGUAAAAGCCCCGCUGCUUGUACUUGAGAAAAGGACUGUCAAACAGGCUAGGGGCGGUCGCUUGUUGCUGGACCAACGAAAGGACAGGCUCAAACACAGGCGGGACGUAGCGCCUCGUCAAGUCAUUGGUCCGCUCACCUGCAUUUUCUGUAGCUGUCUCAGUCUCGCUGCUGCCACUUUGUUGUGCAGCUGGCGUCUUAGAUAAGCCCGCAACAAUGUCUCAGCCUUCCGUUUCAAACCAUUCUGCACCUCUGAUCAACACAGAUAGACAGAGACAUGUGACGGUCGACUCAUAUGUGUGUCUACACACCUUUUGGCAAACGACUGAGGAUAUCGUGGGACGUGAUUGCCAGCAAAUCGACUGUCGAUGACGCCGCUACCACAGUGAAAGGCUCCACCACUCCCAACAACGUCGAUGAGAAGCCGCACAUGUGGCCACACGCCAGUGUGCCGCAUGACAACUCGCGGGGCGACUCCAGAUCUCUGAAAGCGGAAAAUGAUGGCAAUUGCAUGCAACAAUUUGCUGUUUCGUUAUGCUGAUGUCACUCACUCACCUUUUUUUUAUAACGGGCUGCAUGGGCCUGCCCCAGCUUCUUAGCACGCACUCUCCUUUGUAUACGAAGUAGAUGCGCCUCUGACCCUCGUUGGCACUCUGGAGGCUGCCCGCCUGCAGCAGCACAUGGCCACGUGGGACGGAGAUCGGUUUGAAGAAAGACGCUGCCAGCUUCUCCAUAGUCUUCUCAUCCAGGACUUGUUCAUCGGGCAGCCACCGGUAGAGAAAUGUCAUCUGACAGAAGAAGGAAGGGACAUGCCGGCCGUCACUUUUGGGUUGAACUCUUUACUACCUUUUGCUCAAUUUGCUUGUAGGCUGCCCGUCUGAAUGCCUCCAGAAAGUCCUCCUUCUGGAUCCAGCACACCACCGUCUGCCGCUUAUCGAACCUCUGCUCAGCCUUCGAUGGGACACCGAGCCGCUCGCCCCCGAACCGUCGCCGAACCUCCUCGCCCGCCCCCUCUCCAAGGACCGUCUUGACCGAGACCAGCCUCUCCGUGUCCUUAACCAAGCCGAGUUCGCCCAGUGUGUCACCAGGCGUCAGCGUGGCGAUAAGCUCCCCCAGAUUCUCCUCUUCCUCGGGCGGCAGCUCGUCGUCGCUCUCCUCAUCUUCGACCUCAUCCAUGUGGAAUUUCACUGCCGUACCGGUCGUCAGAAAUAUGGGGGAGGUCUUGCUCUUCUUGGCGGCGGCUUUCUGGCUCUGGGGGGAGUCGGCGUCCAGGAUGCUCAUCAUGUGAGACACUCUGCCGCCCUUGUGGGGGCUCGACGUCUCCUCGGGCAACGCCAAUACCUCCUGUGGAGCCGUCAGGGCAUGUACAAGGGCUGGCUGGGAAGGUGACGAAGGCGGGAGGGCAUAGAUCUCUGCUGCCGCUACUGCCUCGUUGAGGGAGUCUCUGCGUUCUUGGGGAGAGAGCGGCGGGGGGUUGUGCUGAUAGAUGGCGAGGGCGCCGUGCAGGAGGAGAAAAAACGCAUUCGACGUGUCGCCCUCUCUGGAAAUGGCGCAGAACCAAUGAACCGAGCAAGUGUGUUUGAACCUGCAUCUCUGCAUGCCUGAAAAGGACGGUAUUGGCGUUGAGUGUGGUCACCCCCAUCAGCCUCGUGAGCUCCUCGCGCACUUCGUGGGAAAGUUCGACGAAGAACUUGUUGGCCCGUAACAGCUGAUCGAACACACACAUGGACACCAACAGACAUGCACGACACUGGCCACACUUGCGCAUGUGCGGCAGCCUGCCUUGUGCAGGAGUGCGCAUUCGUCUUCGGUACGGUUCUUUCCCUCUUCUUUCAAUAUGUCGCGUAUCUCCACCACACGCGGCACCGUCAAGACGGGCAGGCGGUAGCGGGGAUGGGUUGAUUGCAUUCUGCUGGGGUCUGUUCUGAGGGGAAAGAGGGCUCCCAGCGGCCCCAAGGCGACCGCGCUCCGAUUUAGAGGGAGUCGCUGCAUGAUUAGGCCCAUGCAUGAGCUGUGGCAGGCCACGUUUUGUGACAGGUAAGCUGCAGGUGAAGACACUUAUACCAGCCAUCAACCAAUCAACACUGUCUGCACAUCUACCAACUGCUUACUCCAGUGGCUCUCUCAUGCCACGUGCCACACAUCGACACCGCAUGGGUGCUCCCCCGGCCGCUCAAGACCGAGAAAGCAGCCAUAGGGCCCCGACUAUGUACACGUGGAAGAAAAGCCAAUACGGCACAGCACAUGCGUAACAAGUACUGACUGACUUUGCCUUGUAGUGCUCUUGUCAGGUGCUUACACGUGAAGGCACUUACUGCAGUCGCUGAAUGCCAUGUGCCACACAUCAAGCCCGCACGGGUGCCCCCUUAGC